AUGCUCCCGAGACCUUCCGGCAUGCGCCUUGGAAAGGCCUGCUGCUAUGAAGGUGCACGGUUUCCUAGUAAUACACAGGCAUCACCACUACGCUCCCAGCAGGAUACGACCCCACUCUCAGCGUCUACCGGCCUUGCUGAGACAACAGCUCUGUCGCGGUUUUUUCUCGAUUCAGAUGCAUAUCGUCCUAUGAGUCUCGAUGCGAUACCAAAAAUCGCUGCGCCUGAUGAAAUCCAUGGCCUCCUCGGCUCGCAGAGUGACAUCGACACAGUCUACUUGGACUACUUUUCUGGAACCCACCGCUGGCUUCCUAUUCUGAGUCAAAAGGAAAUGUAUGAGAGAGCAUGUACCACUGACUUGAAACUAGACGCCGGUUUCUCGCUUUUGGUGUUGAGUAUGAAGUUGUCAUCCACUCCCAUCGAGAUGCAAGACGUGCACUCGUCGCUUUAUAACGCUGUAACAGAGCUGUCGUUCAGCCUGGAAAACAACGGCCUUUUGUCUUUAGAUUUGAUCCAAUCGCUCAUCUUGAUGUCGAUAUACCAAGUCGCGCAUGGGUUAUACCCCGCUGGCUUCAUGAGCGUUUCACGAGCAGCACGAUUAGCAACUCUCAUGGGCCUGCAUAACAGGGACAAAAUCCAGUUAUACGCAAAACCAAACACAUGGACAGGACGAGAAGGCGAAAGAAGGACAUGGUGGGCAAUUAUGAUUCUCGAUGUAUUCACCAAUAUGAAGAUCCCCGGCUUACCCCCUGCCACACCCCCACCAGGCACCACAGACCUCCUCCCAUGCACAGAAGACGCAUGGGAUAGCGGCCAAGUGGCCUCCAACCAGCCAGUAUUUGUCGACCACUCCCCAGUCGAUUUCUCGCUCGGCCUAUUCGCCAAUACAUGCCAGGCCGCACAUCUUCUAGGGAAUGUAGCGCGGCACCGGGACCGCAAUAACACCGAUCCUGCAAUCGACCGCCGUCUUUACCUCUCAGAAGCCUACCAGAUCCAUCUAACGCUCGUGUCGCUGGGCUUACAUCUAAGCCAGAUAUGUUUCGUUGGCGACGGCGAUAUUGAGAAGAGCCACUUCGUAGCCAUAGCGCUGUGCUGCUGCGCUCGGAUAACGCUGUAUGGGAUAUACGGGUGUAACGAGAAUUCGUCCACAGGGGGAACUCGAAUAGUCGAGGAGAUAUCCAUGCAGCAAGCCUCAAUCGAAGGUCUAUAUGAAGUUGUCGAAGAUGUAAGCCGUCUGGCGGAGUCUAUCCUGCGUUAUGCGUCUGUAUCAGAUGAUGCAAGACUUUGCCGUCUGAGUCCGCUGUUCAGUCACUGUCUUUACCUGGCUAUAUCCGAGUCUGCGUGGUUCUAUCGCGAGGAGAAGAGUGUAGCUAGGGCGAAGCAGUUGCAGGGGAUUAUUGAGGCGUUGCGGGCUCUGGGAAGGGUUUGGAGGACUGUUGAUGGUUAUAUGGCACUUCUUGAGGAUGAGGGUUCUCUUAUGUCUCAUGACUAG